GGCAGUGCCGGAGGCCGGAAAAGGCGGGGGUCCCGCGGGGAGCGGUGGAAAGUGCGCAGGGUACAGCGCCCACGCGGCGGCUGCAGGGCGCACUCAGACGGCGCGGGACCGACGACAGACUGGCUGACAGCGUCAGCCGGACGCACGGAGCAGGCCGCGCGUCCCGCAGCGCAGAGAGCGGCCCCCGGCCAAGAGCCGCGCGCAGGGCGGCGGGGCGGGCCGCGGGGGCGGGACAGGACUGACGAGAAUCCUGCGGAGGAGAGGCCGGGGGCCGUCCCGCCCCCGAAGGCAGGCCCCGCGGCCCGGCCCCGCCCCGGCUUGCUGGGGUGUGGGCUCCGCUCCGGCUCCGCUCCUCUCGCUCUGCUCGCGAACCCGCGCUGGCGCCUGCUCGGGCGGCUCGGCUGGCCUGGCGAGGCUUGAGCCCCGGAGGCUCCGGACCCCCGGCGACCGCCCCGGGGCCCCUUCCCGUCUUCUGCUCUGCCUCAGUUUGGGGCCAUCCAAGCCUGGCCGGGUGUUCCUCUGCGCCCUGGUUACGGGACGGGAGGCGGGGCUGCGGGCUUGUGGAUGAAGGACCGAAGGGGGGUAGAGGAUAACGAUGAUGGCAACCCCUGAAAGCCUUUUCCCGUCUGGGGGCGAUCUGGACUCCAGCCAGUUACAGAUGGAGCCUGAUGAGGUGGACACUCUCAAGGAGGGAGAGGACCCAGCUGAUCGGAUGCACCCCUUUCUGGCCGUCUAUGACCUUCAGCCUCUGAAAAUGCACCCCUUGGUGUUUGCCCCUGGGGUUCCUGUCACAGCCCAGGUGGUGGGCACUGAGAGAUACACCAGUGGAUCCAAGGUGGGAACCUGCACUCUGUAUUCUGUCCGCUUGACUCAUGGCAACUUUACCUGGACAACCAAGAAGAAGUUCCGUCAUUUCCAAGAGCUGCAUCGGGACCUCCUGAGACACAAAGUCUUGAUGAGUCUGCUCCCUCUGGCUCGGUUUGCUAUUGCCUACCCUCCAGCCCAAGAGGCAGCUAAUAGAGAGAUGCCCUCUCUACCCCGAACAGGUCCUGAGGGCUCCACCAGACAUGCAUCCAGCAAACAGAAAUACCUGGAGAAUUACCUCAACUGCCUCCUGACCAUGUCUUUCUACCGCAACUACCAUGCUAUGACAGAGUUCCUGGAAGUCAGUCAGCUCUCCUUUAUCCCAGACCUUGGCUCCAAAGGACUGGAGGGGGUGAUCCGGAAGCGCUCAGGUGGCCACCGAGUUCCUGGCCUUACCUGCUGUGGCCGAGACCAAGUGUGUUAUCGCUGGUCCAAGAGGUGGCUGGUGGUGAAGGACUCCUUCCUGCUGUACAUGUGCCUUGAGACCGGCGUCAUCUCAUUUGUUCAGCUCUUCGACCCUGGCUUUGAAGUACAGGUGGGGAAAAGGAGCACAGAGGCACAGUAUGGGGUCCGGAUCGACACUUCCCACAGGUCCCUGAUUCUCAAGUGCAGCAGCUACCGGCAAGCUCGGUGGUGGGGCCAGGAGAUCACUGAGCUGGCCCAGGGCCCGGGCAGAGACUUCGUACAGCUGCACCGGCAUGACAGCUAUGCUCCACCCCGGCCUGGGACGUUGGCCCAGUGGUUUGUGAAUGGGGCAGGUUACUUUGCUGCUGUGGCAGAUGCCAUCCUGAGAGCUCAAGAGGAGAUUUUCAUCACAGACUGGUGGUUGAGUCCUGAGAUUUACCUGAAGCGUCCAGCCCAUUCAGAUGACUGGAGACUGGACCUUAUGCUCAAAAAGAAGGCGGAGGAGGGUGUGCGUGUGUCUAUACUGCUGUUCAAGGAAGUGGAGUUGGCCUUGGGCAUCAACAGUGGCUACAGCAAGAGGGCCCUGAUGCUGCUGCACCCCAACAUAAAGGUGAUGCGCCACCCAGACCAGGUGACGUUGUGGGCCCAUCAUGAGAAGCUCCUGGUGGUGGACCAAGUAGUGGCCUUCUUGGGGGGGCUGGACCUUGCCUAUGGACGCUGGGAUGACCUGCACUACCGACUGACUGACCUGGGGGACUCCCCCAAAUCACCUGCCCCACAGUCUUUCAGUGUUCCUAUCUUCUCUUUGGCCCUGGCUCUGUAUGGCCCUCAUGACCUCUCCUUGCCCCUGGCUUGGGUGUGUUCCCCCUACAGCCCCCCGCCCCAUUCUCAGACUCUCCAGACACCCCAGACCUCUCUCACAACCAACUCUUCUGGCUGGGCAAGGACUACAGCAAUCUUAUCACUAAGGACUGGGUGCAAUUGGACCGGCCAUUUGAGGUGUCCCCAGGAGACUAUCCCUGACCUCUCCCCAGAUUUCAUCGACAGGGAGACCACACCCCGGAUGCCAUGGCGGGACAUUGGGGUGGUCGUCCAUGGCCUACCUGCCCGAGACCUUGCCCGGCACUUCAUCCAGCGCUGGAACUUCACCAAGACUACCAAGGCUAAAUACAAAACUCCCACGUACCCCUUCCUGCUGCCCAAGUCCAUCAGUACUGCAAACCAGCUGCCUUUCGUGCUCCCAGGGGGGCAGUGCGCCACUGUGCAGGUCUUGCGGUCAGUGGACCGCUGGUCAGCAGGGACCUUGGAGAACUCCAUCCUCAAUGCCUACCUGCACACCAUCAGGGAGAGCCAGCACUUCCUCUACAUUGAGAAUCAGUUCUUCAUUAGCUGCUCAGAUGGGCGUACAGUUCUGAACAAAGUGGGUGAUGAGAUUGUGGACAGAAUCCUGAAGGCCCACAAACAGGGGCAGUGCUUCCGAGUCUAUGUGCUUUUGCCCCUGCUCCCAGGUUUUGAGGGCGACAUCUCCACAGGUGGCGGUAACGCCAUCCAGGCCAUUCUGCACUUCACUUACAGGACCCUGUGCCGUGGGGAAUAUUCAAUCCUACAUCGCCUCAAAGCAGCCAUGGGGACAGCGUGGCAGGACUAUAUGUCCAUCUGUGGGCUUCGCACGCACGGAGAGCUGGCCGGGCAUCCAGUCUCAGAGCUCAUCUAUAUUCACAGCAAGAUGCUCAUUGCAGAUGACCGGACAGUCAUCAUUGGCUCCGCGAACAUCAAUGACCGGAGCUUGCUGGGGAAGCGGGACAGUGAGCUGGCUGUGCUGAUUGAGGACACAGAGAUGGAACCAUCCCUCAUGGACGGUGGGGCCUAUCAGGCGGGCAGAUUUGCCUUGAGUUUGCGGAAGCAUUGCUUCAGUGUGAUUCUUGGGGCAAGUGCCCGGCCAGACCUGGAUCUCCGAGACCCUGUCUGUGAUGACUUCUUCCAGUUGUGGCAAGACACAGCUGAGAGCAAUGCCAAUAUUUAUGAGCAGAUCUUCCGCUGUCUGCCAUCCAAUGCCACGCGCUCCCUGCGGGCACUCCGGGAAUACGUGGCUGUGGAACCCCUCGCCAUGAGAAACGACACUCCUGCCAGGAUGCCUGGGGCCACUUGUACUCCUAGAAGAGCAGGCUCUGACCUGCGCCUUCCAUCUCUCCAUUCUUCCUGCUGCCCUGGAACCCCCUCUUGCCCCAGGGCUUCUCCCCACCCAUUACUGCCAAGGUGGAGGGAAGGAUGAAGCCACUCCUGGCUUCAGCCCCCCGCACCUUCCCGCCAUCAGGAGGUGUGGAGGGGUAGCACACUAACUCCCUCCACCAACCUGCCAACAGACACUAAUUUUGUAUCAGUUCAGUAAGCAUUUCAUAAAUAAAAGCAUAGAAAAGG